CAUUUCUGCCAUUUACAAGAAAGAAACUCCCUGGGCUUAGGCUAGAACUCAACGGAGCAUCAAUUCAAAGGGUUAAAUCCUAUAGAUUUCUUGGUGUAAUAUUAGAUCAAUCUCUCACUUGGUCCAAACAUUUAGACAUGUUAGAGAGUAGAAUUAAUUGUGUGAUUAAUGUAUUCCGCUGCAUUGCGGGGGCAAGAUGGGGAGCAUCAAUAGAUGCGAUGCUCUCAUUCCACACGGCGCUAAUACGACAAGCGAUUGCAUACUCCAUUCCGGUGUUAAACGGACUUUCCCGGACAUCAGAGUCUCGCCUUACCUACAUGCUAGCAAGAAGCUUAAGAGUAUGCCUAGGUUUACCGCGAUCAACAUCCAGCGCGCUUGUACUCGUAACGGCAAGAGAGCCGACUAUACAUAUUCUAAGAACACAGGAGAUAUGUCGUAAUUCCUUUCGACUCUCCACGCGGCCUCUGUUCAAUGAUAUUUUUACUCGCAAAGGGACCAACUUUCUUUCCACACUGAAUUCUCUUCCAUUAUGGAUUCCCGAACAACCUAACUGGAUUCAAGAGAUCUGUAAACCACCCUGGACGCUACCAUUACUGGAGAUCAACAUGGACAUUCCAGGCAUGCAAACAAAAACAUCAGUUAACACACAGAUUGCAAGAACAUUGACUCUUUCACAUCUGGAAGAAAAAUAUAAAGAUGACAUCCACGUGUAUACUGAUGGAUCAACCACUGAAGACGGAUCGACAUCAGCCUUUGUUGUGCCUGAUUUUAACCAUUGGUCAUCCUUUCGACUAUCGCAUCCUACUUCCUCAACCACUGCGGAAUUACAUGCUUUACUCGCGGCUGCAACGUACAUAAAAAGCAACUCGGCAGCGAAUUCUUGGGUCAUAUGUACUGAUUCAAAGGCAGCUUUGCAAUCUAUUAAGACUAUGAAUAGCCGUAGUGAACACAACUCCCUUGUACACAGAAUUUACUUAGAACUCUCUGAUGCCAUCGAAUUUGGCAACACUGUACAUCUACAGUGGGUCCCCGGGCAUACCGGUGUUUCAGGAAAUCACCAAGCUGACCAAUUGGCUACCGCAGCCCAUACAAGUAACAACGUCCACCUCACACCUUUCACAAAGAACGACGCCAAAAGAUACAUCCGUCGACUACGUGAGCGAAUGUCUCACGAUGAAUGGCUUAGCAGCAUCCCACAAGACAACCUGAUCCGUCUAAUCGAUCCGGACCUCCGUUGCCCAGUGUACACCUAUUCAGCCAGGUCAAUCGACACCCUUAUCCAUCGCCUACGACUUGAGGUAGCAUACACGGGAAGCUUCCUUCACCGGAUAAAACAAGUAGAAACACCGAGUUGCAAGUGCGACAACCCGGUCGAAGACGUCGAACAUUUAAUCAUGGACUGUCCGAGAUAUGAUCAGUGGCGCGCCCGCUUACGGAUUAGUCUCGGGAUACUCGACAAUCGUCCAUUUUCUCUCGCCAAAGUUCUAGGCCCUUGGCCCGACUUAAAGAAACAAAAGCGUGCAUUAGCCUCACUAACUGGUAAUCAGGAAGGAACGAUAUAUAGCUGCGUAUUACCGCUACCGCAUCGCCGAUUGGACGUUCUGGGCGCGAAGCUUAGGACGUCCAAUCAUCGAGGCGGUAGCGGUUUCGAAUAG